AUGACAAAGUCCACAGUACGAUUUGAAGGGUUCGCUCAUUUAUGCUUCUUUCCAAGCCCCAGUUCAAUUAAUUGCGAGAAUAAUAAUAAGGCUCCAAGUAAUUCUACUUCUAAUGUAGCUGCGGAAAAUACUCAAACCCUAGAGAAUAACUCUACAGAAAAUAGCUCACAUCGAGCUAAAUGUUCUCAAAAUCUAUCGUCGAACCUUCAUGAAAAGACACCUAUAUCACCAUUAUACUUCAAAGGACAUAUGAUCUUUGAAAAAAUGUCAGUGCAUUUUGCUUUAAGAGGUAUUCCCUCGGCUACUGCGCCACCAGAUACAUAUGAUCAUGGAUGUCUACAUGACAAACCAAUAUAUUAUGAUGUUUCUGUUCAGGAUCACGAUGCAAAGCAGGAAUGGGAAUUUAAAUGGGUCAGAUGGUGGGGAGGUGAUGCUGGUUGGAUGAGUUCAGACCCGAGGUGUCGUGUUACCGGUGAAAGAACUGUGUCUGAGCAGGAAUCUGCCGCUGAAGAGCAAUUCAUCUGGUUUGGCACAAAUUUGAUAAAAGGCAAUGAAGAAGCUCAAAAGCACGCGAAAAAAUAUUUGAAUAUGAAAGUUGAUGAAGAGGAAAUUGAUGUUUCUCAUGUUUGUAUAGGUGAGAUGAGACUCAUUGUUGAAUCUGACAAGGUUGAAGAUAACUUUGAAUUGUUUGAUGAUGAGAAUGGAUCUGUGUGUAAUUAUGAAGCUCUGGGCGAUUUGAAUGAGACGGAUGACGAAGAAAGCGAAGACUAG